AUGCGGGACAUCCUGACAUCAAACCCCACUCUCGGAGUGUCGAGUCCUGCAGUCAUGGGGGUGCACUUGUGCAGCCUGAGAAGGCAGCAACUGCAGCACAGUUAUCUGAAUAGAACUCACACGGGAGAGAAGCCCUUUGUGUGCAAUGAGUGUGGUAAGUCCUUCCGCCUAAAGACAGCCCUCACGGAUCACCAGAGAACUCAUACAGGGGAGAAACCCUACAUUUGUAAAGAAUGUGAGAAAUCUUUUCACCAAAAAGCAACUCUCACUGUCCACCAGAGGACUCAUACAGGGGAGAAGCCCUAUAUCUGUAAUGAGUGUGGGAGAUCAUUCUCCUAGAAAACAACACUUGCUCUUCAUGAGAGAACUCAUAAAGAGGAGAAGCCCUAUGUGUGUAAUGAAUGUGGGAAGUCCUUCUGCCAGAAGACUACUCUUGUUGCACAUCGGAGGACACAUACAGGGAAGAAAUCUUUCGAAUGUCCUUAUUGUGGGAAGGCCUUUAGGAUGAAAUCCUACCUCACUGAUCAUCACAGAACCCACACAGGAGAGAAACCAUAUGAAUGUAGUGAGUGUGGGAAAUCAUUCAUCCAGAAAACAAACCUCAAUCUAUACCAGAGGUACUGGGAAAAACCCUAUGUGUGUAGUGAGUGUGGGAAGGCCUUUUGCCUUACUGUCCACCAGAAAAUCCAUACAGGGCAGAAGUCCUACGAGUGUCCUCAGUGUGGGAAAGCUUUCAGCAGGAAGUCCUACCUCAUCCAUCAUCAAAGAGCUCAUACAGGAGAGAAACCCUAUAAAUGCAGUGAAUGUGCAAAGUGCUUUCACCAGAAGACAAAUCUCAUUGUUCAUCAGAGAACUCACACGGGUGAGAAGCCCUAUGCAUAUAAUGACUGUGGCAAAGCUUUUGGUCAGGCCUCACACCUUGUCCAGCAUCAGAGAAUCCAUUCAGGUGAGAAGCUCAAUGGGUGCCGGGCAUGUGGUCAUGCAAAGAGUGUACAAGGACCUUUAUGCAACAGUCGCAUUCUGCAUCCAAGAACUCACACGGGUGAGAAGCCCCGUGUCUGUAAGGACUGCGGGAAGACUUCAUUCGUGGUUCCCAGCUUACUGUCACACCAGCGAAUCCGCACCAGGGAGAAGCCCUACGAAUGUAAGGACUGUGAGAAGGGUUUUAGCCACAGCUCAGAAGUCACUCAACAUCAAAGGAUUCAUUCUGGGAAGAAACCCUAUGAAUGUCAGGAAUGUGGGAAGGCCUCCAGACGCCAUGCACAGCUCAGGGCAUCAGACCGUCCACACUGGUGACAGACCCUCGGCAUGAAAGGACUGUGGAAAGUCGU